CCCCAGGAGUCAGCUGGCGCCAUGUUCCAGGGGCAGCGUGGUUGGUUCUGCGGCAGCGUCAGUCAGGACCUGAGGCAAUUCUGGGUGGACGAAGGCGGGAAGGUCAGCGACGCGCAGGCCGCCGACUUCCUGUUCAGCUGUGACGCCUCGCACCCUGACACGCUGAGAAUAUAUCAGAGCCUCGAGUACAUAGAAGACAAUGCUACAGUUUUUCAUGCCUACUAUCUUGCUGCAGUAGCUAAUACUGAAAUGAAAAAUUCAGUGGCCUUAGGCCAUUUUGUUCUUCCUCCUGCAUGUCUGCAAAAAGAAAUACGAAGAAAAAUUGGUAGUUUUAUUUGGGAACAAGAUGAAAAAUUUCAGAUAGAAAAGAAUGACAGAAUGACAUCAAGUGAAAAGGAAAACAUUGGACCAACAACAAAACACAAACAAAAACUGUCCAAAAGUACAGAGAAUCACUUCAUAAGGACUCCGGUUAUAGAAAAGCAGGUGUGCUUCCCUCUUCAGAAUUAUCCAGUGAACAACAUGGUGACAGGUUACAUAUCAAUUGAUGCCUUGGAGAAAUUUCUUGGAGAAUUACAUGACUUCAUUCCUGGAAGCUCAGGAUAUUUGGCAUAUCAUGUUCAAGAUGAAAUUAAUAUGUCUGCCAUAAAAAACAAAUUAAGAAGGAAACUAAGUUAAGCCAUACUUAUAUCUGGGCACUUUUUUUUUUUUAUAAAUUAGUAUGAUGUGUAUAAUUUAAAUGUGGAAAAAGAAUUAUUUUCUUUCUUAAUAUGUGUCCUGAGAAAGCUCAGAAUCAUUUGACGACUGAAAUUUGUGGUGUAUUCACAAAUUGUGAGUUAUUGUCAUCCAAACACACUUAGAACUCUGUUAAAGGCUCUUUUGGUUUUGACUUUAAUAUUGUAUUUUUUUUUCUAGGUUCAGUAUUGAAAUGCUAGCUUUUAUGAUGCUGGUCAUAUUAUUUUGAUUUAAAAUAAACUAGGAGGCUAUACUUGAACUGUAAAUGUUUGUUUCUGAAACAGUGAGUCAGGUGUCUUACCAUCCCCAUAGUAGAGCUUGAGGCCAAGACUGCGGCUUAUGAGGAAGUGAAGCCCUUGGGAAGGUGUCUUGCCAGAGUGACUAAAUGAGGCCCAGCCCAAACUGGAAUGUGACUUUCCUCAUUUUCCAAGCUGGUAUUCAUACCCUGUGUUUCUAUAUGGCCGUGCUGGAACCUCUGUCAGGAUCUGUGUAGCUCAUGUGUUAUUCCAGCUGGCCUCUAGCUCCCAAGUAAUGUUCCCACCUCAGUACAUUCCCAAUAUGCUGAGACUGUAGCUGUGUGCUUCUGGACCUAGCUCUUGUGUCUUACAUAAAUCUAGAGAUGUGGCAAUUUCAAGAAGGCAGUUUUGCUGAGCUUGGUGGCGCUGACCUAUAAUCAUCCUAGGUACUGGAUGACUGAGGCAGGAGUAGCCAUCCCGGGCAACUUCCUAAGUCCCUGUCUCAGAAUAAAAAGUUAGAAGAGGCCAACUACAAAGCCUCUACAGCUUGUAGAAGGUCCUGUGUUCGGUGCCAUGAAACCACUUCUUUACUAGAGUGUGGUGGGCUAACUACUUUCUGGAGACAUAAAUGGAAUUCUUUUGAAGAUGUCUUCUUAAGCUUACUUGUUCUUCUGGCAGGUAUAGAGGUAUCUAAAGAAAAUGUAUCUUUUUGUGUGUGUGUGUGGAUUUUUGGAUGUUUGUGAGCAUUAGCUCUACCUUUUCCCUACAACUCAAACUUCAUACCAUAAAAUUGUAACACAACUCUCAGCCACAGCAUUUGAGAAUUAUUUUUUUUCUUUGUCUGUUUGGUAGUUUUUCCUUAUUUAUUUUUGUGUCUGUGGUUAAGUGCUUCUGAACUUACAAAUGAAAAAAAACCUGUUAAUUAUCUUUUCCUGAAACAUUAAAUAUUGUCUCUUCCUGAACACUUUAUCUUAGUCACGUUCUAUUGAUUAGGUUUUACAUAGAAACCAAGCCUAUCUGUAGAUUUAAAAAUUAAUUAUUAAGAGUAUUACGUAAGUUUACAGUAAGUUGUUUACAUUGGGAUUAUUGUAAGAGUAUUCAGUGUUUCUCCCAACAUGUACAUGCAUUAACAUAGUAAAUAAAAACCUCCAACAAAA